CGGGGAGGUACAGGUGCUGGUCAAAGUCUAUGGCGGGGCGGCACUGCCCGAGGGCCCGGGGUCAGUAGGGGGGCCCAUAACAUGCCCCUGGUACCUUUUAUAUGCUUUUUUGGGUGUGUUUUGAGUGUGGGCCCCAUGAGCCCCAAUUACCCGGGGGCCCCAUGAGUUGCCAGUCCGUCCCUGGUCUAUGGCAGGCUGUAGUUGGAUAGGGCUGAAUGCUGUACUGAAUGGUACUUGCAUCUAGGGACCUAUGUGUUCAGGGACGAAUGCCCAGACUUUUUCAUAGGCUUUUUUGAGUUUGGGCAAGGACACAGGGGCCCCAUGAUCCCCUAUUGCCCGGGGGCCCCAU